AUGGCGCAGCAGCCGGGCGCGCCCGAGCCGGCACCGUUCCGGCCGUUCCUGCCGGCCGACACGGCCUACCCGCUGCAGCUGCUCAAGGCGUACAGCGACCUGCGCGAGCGCGCCCCGGCCGAGGAGCGGCCCGACUCGGCGACGGCGGCCGAGGUGGCGCGGCCCGGCGAGCGGCUGCCGCCCCGGGUCAACGCCGACAGCAGCGGAUCGCCGCCCAAACCCAGCGACAGGACAGAGGACGCGAAGCCGACGUCGUGCGACAGCACGGAGCAGCUGACGGAGCGGUGCUCGCCGCCGCCGGCGGCCAAGCUGGCCGGCGACGGCGCUCUCAGCGCCGCCCAGGACCCGGGCAUCCGCCGCUACCGCACCGCCUUCCGGCCCGACCAGAUCAAACGGCUCGAGGCCGAGUUUCUCAAGGACAACUACGUCAGCCGGCCCAAGCGCAACGAGCUGGCCACGGAGCUGGGUCUGGCCGAAGGCACCAUCAAGGUGUGGUUCCAGAACCGGCGCAUGAAGCACAAGCGGCAGCAGAUGACGGCCUGGCCACUGGACCCGCGCUUCACCGACCCGGCGCUGGCCGCCAUGAUCCUGCAGGCGGCCGUCGCCUCCGGCACGUACCCGUACGGCGGCGUGGCCGGCCUGGCGGCGCCGCCGCUGCCCUACUACAGCCCGCUGGCCGGCUCUGCCAAGUGUCGCUUCUCGCCGUACGCGCCGCUGCCGAGCAGCUUCUUCAGACCGUUCAAGGCCGACUCUCCUGUCAGCGAGCACAGGGCGGGCUGCUGA